CGAACAAACGUCCCAUCUAGUGUGGUGGCCAUGAAAAUCAGUUCCUUCUUUAAAGUUAUAUACACAUAUAUACAUUCCCCCACGCUUCAUAAUGACGAAGCUUAAGUUCUGGUACUGGGCAGGCUCUUGCUCUCUGGCUCCACACAUCCUCCUCCGCGAAUUGGACUUAGACGUGGAAACCAUCCGCGUAACAGACUUCUCCGCCAAUGGUUUAGGCGUCAUAAACCCCAAGCGGCGCGUCCCCGUGCUCUCCAUCGAUGACGAGAUCAUCACAGAGGCGCCCGCGAUCCUCACUGCGCUUGCCCAGCUUGGACCCCCGGAUCGCAAACUGCUUGGCAAAACACUCAUCGAAACCGCCAGAGUGUAUGAGUGGAUGAAUUGGCUCUCUGGCCAUCUGCACGGAUCAGGAUACGGCGGACUCUGGCGCCCUGAGCGAUGUUCGGACGAUGCCAGUGCGCUGGAUGGUAUUAAGGCGAGGGGAAAAUCGACUAUCAUAACUGCCUAUGAGCUUAUUGAAAAUAGCCUCGGGGGCCUGUAUGCGGUUGGAGAUGCGUUCACUGUUGUGGAUCUGUAUUUGUUGGUUUUCUAUCGGUGGGGAAAGGAAAUUGGGUUGGAGAUGGAGAAAGAAUACCCGAAAUAUACAGCUUUGAUUGCGAAUUUAGUCAAGAGAGAUGCUGUCAUUAAGACACUGGAGGAGGUGGGGUUGCCUCCGGUGUUUGCGCCCAAGAUCUGAGGGUGGGUGACUUGGCCUGCAGUUGUGAACAUUGUACGAAGGAUAAGGAACAAUAUGGACGAAUGGUAUAUAUGUAAAUCAAUAUGGCGACUAUCACAAUAUCUUACAAUAUAUUCCCGGCUGCCAUACAUGCGCUUCAUCUGCAAGGGAUCGGGUCCUUGGAGCCAAUAUCCAAUUCCGGGACAGAACAAGUCCUUCGGGCCCAUCGAUGAUUACAACAUUGCUUUUAUCCUGACUUGACAGGGUGGAAAGUGGAGGGUGUCAUAUUCUGCAGCCAAAGCUCAUUCAUCUGGAAGAUAUUCAGGGUCCAUCGGGUCAGACUAUUAGUGACCUAGGAACCGGUGCAAAAUAAAUAUGCCGUUUAUUUAAUUGGGCCAAUCCCUGUGACUGCCAGGAAGCUCCAGUCUUCCGUCAGAAAUGGGAUAUAAGCUACCAAAUGAAUAAUGUGUAUAUAUGUUCCCAGCUCCUUCUCGAGGGGUGAGGGAUGGUGCGAGUGGAGCAAUCAAUAUGUCGGGUCAGAGGAAAAUCGUCUUCCAAG